UCACCUCUCUUGUUCGAUAACUAAUCGUGCUGGUAGUGCAUAAGCUAGUUCUGUCGGAAAGGUCAAUCUACAACUUAGGAUGAGCACCAAACAUGUCUUCCACAUUUUAAAAUGGAAGCUUGGGGAAGGAGGGUUUGGAGCGGUUUAUAAAGGUUACUUAAACGGCUUAGAUAUGAUGGUUGCUAUAAAGAAGUUUGCGCGAGGGUCUAAGCAAGGGAGGAGAGAGUUCAUAACUGAAGUGAAGAUAAUUUAGCAGCUUGAGACAUCGAUACCUUGUUCAACUCAUUGGUUGGUGUCAUGAGAAAGAUGAGUUUACUAAAUCUACUUAAAAACAUCAGAUUUCGAACUUAAAACCUAAGAAAAUCAUAUUUCCGUAUAAUACAACCGAAUCGUUGCAAAUCGCCACGCUCAUCCACCGUAUCACGUUUACUCGGAAUCGGCGAGGCGGACUCGUUUUUGAACAUGGGUUAUGGUUACAUGAUCUCUAGUUUAUUUAUCACACAAUACAAUACACCUUGAUUAGAUAAGAAGACCCAAGCCACAUAAAUAAGGCCCGUAAAUGGUAUAUCCCACUUAUAGCUCAAUAACAUGUAAAUCCAACAAACCAUGAAACCGUUAAUAAAGUAAAAAACCGGUCCAACCGUUAAUUUCAGAUUUCACCGGUUUAAAAAUCAAUAUCUCCUCUCUUCCACUCCAGAGUCGUCGGAAAAAAAAAUAAAGAAUGAAUCUUCAGUUGACCUUAACCUCACUACUCUUCUUCACUUCCGCCAUAGCCGAAACCUUCGAUUCUAAUCCAAAGUUCCCAUGCCAACCUCCUCACUACAGCUCCUACCCCUUCUGCAACGCUUCUCUAUCCACAACCAAACGAGCUCUCUCCCUCGUCUCGCUCCUCACUCCCCCGGAGAAGAUCACCCAGCUCUCCAACACAGCCGCCUCCGUGCCCCGCCUCGGCAUCCCGCCGUACGAGUGGUGGUCAGAGUUUCUCCACGGGCUCGCCGACAACGGUCCCGGCGUCUCGUUCAACGGCUCGAUCGCCUCCGCGACGAGCUUCCCUCAGGUGAUCGUGUCCGCGGCGUCGUUCAACAGGACGCUGUGGCGCGAGAUCGGAUCCGCGGUGGCGGUGGAAGGGAGGGCGAUGUAUAAUGGUGGUCAGGCGGGGCUGACUUACUGGGCGCCGAAUAUUAAUGUGUUUAUUACAUGGAUGUUUUUUUUAUUCUCUUUCCUGAUUUUAACAUAUAUAUUUUUGCACAUGUUGACAAUAAUGACAGGCUGUUCCAAAUUUAUAUUCGGCACUCCUCAAAGCUUAUAAUCAUCACUGACGAUGAAGCGCUAGACGAACGGAAAACAUACCUUGCUCUUACCAAGAGAAGACCGUCUCCAAGUUGAGCUCGAGGCCCCAGCCUGCCAAGCUAGUCUCAUAAACCUGCAAAGAAAGUCUAGCCACACUGUCACAUAGCACCAAAGAACCAAUGCGACACCGGGAUGUGCGCUUUGACAAAUUGUUGAUCCGAGACGACCAAUGACUCCCGAAGAUCGCCUCCCAAUUCCGACCAUCGAGAACCGAUGGACCGCUUGCAAUGCCGCUAAAUAUCAGCUUCCGGAGCCAAUCGAAACUGAAACAAAUCUAUGUCUUGAGACUUGGCUCCGAUGAGAAAGCCGUCGCCUUCAAAACGAAGGACUGGACAUGAUGCCGUGAAGGAGUAAUCGGAAGUGAAAUGGAGCAGCGGAUGGUCAUCGAGAAGCCAUAGACGACUGUCUGUCACAACCACCAGCUACAGCCACACGAGCCAGAGCUAAAGAAGCUCCCGAAGAACCAGAUACCAUCUCCGCCUGCGUAUCCCAGAUAUAAGGCACGUCUCGGAAGUGAAAAACUCCCAAAGCUCACUUGAAAUCGAGGGGAUGGAAUGGGACUCGCCGACACCGGAGAGGACCAAGGAACCAGCCACUGAGAGUUCGAUUGAGACCAUACGGCACCGCCGUAGACGAUUAGCCGGACCAACCCUUCAAGCUCCUUCAACGACGCAGAGAUCCAGUGAAAUCAAAAAUUGAAAAUCGAUCUUCACCAUGAACCUUAAAAGCCGACUACUCCACCACCCAACCUUCACACCUCCUCAUUAUAACUCCAGACGAAGCCAAUGACUCACCAUUGUAGAAGCUCCACGCGCGGAGAGCAAACAAUCGACAAAACACCGCCAAGCCAAAACCACAAACAUAUCAGAGAGCAAGAGAGAGGUGAGGAGCAGCAAGAGACAAACGAGAUAAAAGAGUAGAGGCUCCUCCGGCGACCGAACGCGUACGCACGCGCCGCCGGGCCAGUUGCAGAAAGCUGUGAAGAUGUGGUCGAGAAGAGAGCUAGAGAGGAUAAGGAGAGAGAAAGAGAAAAACCCAUGCACAUGCUCACCAUCGUUUCAUUGAUCCAUGUGUAUACCUUACACGUAAAGAUAUAUUUGAGCAUGUACCAAUCUUUGCCAUUGGCUUCUAUUAUAGAACUGGUUGACAAAAAAAUAAAAGGAUAAUUUCCUUAUUUUUUACAUUUGGGCAUGUACAAAUCUUUACCAUUGGUUUCUAUUAUAGAACUGGUUGACAAAAAAAUGAAAGGAUAAUUUUCUUAUUUUUCAAAAAAAAAGGGAUAAUUUCCUUAUUUUGGUUGGAUUAGGAUUUUGUAAAACUCUAUAAAUAUUAUAUAACUCCUUUUAUUACCGGUGCAUAAACCAACAGAUUAACUCUCUUUUGCUCCAGCUAAAGAAACCCUAAGCAAUACAUAAUGGAGAAUCAAAAGCAGACGAGUUGUUUCUCGUUCGAGAUAGAUAACUUCUGGGAGAAAAUAAAUGCGAUACGAUCUCCUAGAUUCUUAAGUGGCGGCUGCGAAUGGUUUGUUGAACUUUAUCCCAAAGGAAUGAUCGUUGAAGAUCACUAUGUGUCUCUGUUCCUCUUUGCGAAUCCUGAAACGCUCAGACUUGGAUGGAAAAGAAGAGCUAGUUUUUCCUUCAUUCUGUUGAAUCAGUCAGGCAAAGAGCUCGGCAGAAGAAGGCCUGAAUUUUGUGAGAGGUUGUUCUGUGCUUAUUGCACGGGCUGGGGUAGGUCAAAGGAACUGCCCCUUAAAAAGCUUAAAGAAAAAGGAUCUCUGGAGAAUAGCAAACUGAUCGUUAAGGUAGAAAUACAAGUACAUGAAGUUGUUGAUGAAGGAGGUAUAACUGGGAAGGAGAUGGUAGAUGUUUGGGGUUUCCGAGUUCUUUGUUCUCAGGCUAUUCCAGUGUCUCGGCUUUUCCAGACACACCGGGACAUUGCAGCAAAUUUCAGACAAAAGAGUGAACUCGUGAAGACAGCAUACAUGAAUCACCUCCUCGGCCUCAUCGAGACACUGAACAAGCCUCCAAAUAGCUUCACCGAUGCUGAGCUAUCCAAUGCUCGCAUCGAGUUGAUCGAUCUAACACAAGCGGGAUUCAAGGUAGGCUGGUUGAUGUCUCGAGUUUUAACCCGAUUAUCUAACUGCAAGUGCACAGUAAAGUACGCAGUAGUAAUACGGGAUCGAAUCCACAGGGACCGAUGAUCACACGUAGAGUUGCAGACAAGUUAAUAGCU